AUGCCAAAUGGCGCACGAUCGGCGCAGAUCACCACUUCACCAAUCGAGGCUGGGAGUACGGGCAAUGUGUGCGCGCGGUCGUGGAUGGUGCAGCAGCGAGCAGCAUUGUCAUCUCAUGUCAUGCCAUGCCGCGUUUGGUUUCCAUCCAAUCCAUUCGUUGGUUUCCGCCCGCGCAGCGCCGCCCUCAAACCCACUUCCCCACCGAAUGUCGCGCCCGGAAUUCCCCCUCCCGCGCCGUCCAUCCCAUCCCAUCCCAGCACAUUUGCCCCCGCACCGUCCAUUCUUGUGGCUUUUCCCCCUCGUUCGGUUUCGGCACCUCGUGAUCUUCCCGUUACGUCGUCGGGAGUUUCAUCUUCUCGUGUGUCGUUCACCCAGUCAAGGCCAUCCAUCGUUACCGGAAUCUCACAG